CUCCCUUCUGGAGAAGUCGGGAAGGUGGCGGCGGCGGCGACGGUGGCUGUCCCGGCCGGGCCGGUUGGUGUGGGCGGUCAGUCCGCGCUCCGCAGCGCCCGCGCCGCGCCCAGCCCAGUGGACUCGAGCGGCGGCGGAGGCCAGCCCGGUGCGGGGGCGCGCGCGGACCGAGGGCGGCGGCCGCGGCCAGGGCGGCCCGUGGGAGCGCGGGCCCCCGGCGCAGCGCCGCCCGGCGCCCGGCCCUGCCGGCCUGCUCCCCGGGCGCCGCGACCAUGGCGGCCAGCGCCAAGCGGAAGCAGGAGGAGAAGCACCUGAAGAUGCUGCGGGACAUGACCGGCCUCCCGCACAACCGAAAGUGCUUCGACUGCGACCAGCGCGGCCCCACCUACGUGAACAUGACGGUGGGCUCCUUCGUCUGUACCUCCUGCUCCGGCUGCCUGCGAGGGUUAAAUCCACCACACAGGGUGAAAUCUAUCUCCAUGACAACAUUCACACAACAGGAAAUUGAAUUCCUACAAAAACAUGGAAAUGAAGUCUGUAAACAGAUUUGGCUAGGAUUAUUUGAUGAUAGAUCUUCAGCAAUUCCAGACUUCAGGGAUCCACAAAAAGUGAAAGAGUUCCUACAAGAAAAAUAUGAAAAGAAAAGAUGGUAUGUCCCACCAGAACAAGCCAAAGUAGUGGCAUCUGUUCAUGCAUCUAUUUCAGGCUCCUCUGCCAGUAGCACAAGCAGCACACCUGAGGUCAAACCACUGAAAUCUCUUUUAGGAGAUUCAGCAGCAGCCCUGCACCUAAAUAAGGGCACACCUAGUCAGUCCCCUGUUGUAGGUCGCUCUCAAGGACAGCAGCAGGAAAAGAAGUUUGACCUUUUAAGUGAUCUUGGCUCAGACAUAUUUGCUGCUCCAGCUUCUCAGUCAUCAGCUACAGCCAAUUUUGCUAACUUUGCACAUUUCAACAGUCAUGCAGCCCAGAAUUCUGCAAAUGCAGAUUUUGCAAACUUUGAUGCUUUUGGACAGUCUAGUGGUUCGAGUAAUUUUGGAGGUUUCCCCACAGCAAGUCACUCUCCUUUUCAGCCCCAAACUACAGCAUUUAGAAUGCUUUCAUCUAGCUGCAGUUUUGGUGAAUUUACUUCUGCUUUUCCUCUCCAGGCUACCAACAGUGGAAGUGCUGGAUCAGUAAAUGCUAAUUUUGCUCAUUUUGAUAACUUCCCCAAAUCCUCCAGUGCUGAUUUUGGAACCUUCAGUACUUCGCAGAGUCAUCAAACAGCAACAACUGUUAGUAAAGUUGCAACAAAUAAAGCUGGUCUUCAGGCUGCAGACAAAUAUGCAGCACUUGCUAAUUUAGACAAUAUCUUCAGUGCUGGACAAGGUGGUGAUCAGGGGAGUGGCUUUGGGACCGCAGGUAAAGCUCCUGUUAGUUCUGUGGUUUCACUUCCCAGUCAAUCAAGUGCGUCUUCAGACAAGUAUGCAGCUCUGGCAGAACUAGACAGCGUUUUCAGCUCUGCAGCCACUUCCAAUAAUGCGUACACUUCCACAAGUAAUGCCAGCAGCAAUGUUUUUGGAACAAUGCCAGUGGGUGCUUCUGCACAGACACAGCCUGCUUCUUCAAGUGUGCCUGCUCCAUUUGGAGCUACGCCUUCCACAAAUCCAUUUGUGGCUGCUGCUGGUCCUUCUGUGGCAUCUUCUACAAAUCCAUUUCAGACCAAUGCCAGAGGAACAACAGGCCUUUCUGGAGCAAUGCAUUCUCAAGUGUUUCCUCACGCUCAUUUUGCGGCGACCUUUGGCACCGCAUCCAUGAGCAUGCCUGCAGGCUUCGGGACGCCUGCGCCCUAUAGUCUUCCCACCAGCUUCAGUGGCAGCUUCCAGCAGCCUGCCUUCCCAGCCCAAGCAGCUUUCCCUCAACAGACAGCUUUUUCUCAACAGCCCAAUGGUGCAGGUUUUGCAGCAUUUGGACAAACAAAGCCAAUGGUAACCCCUUUUGGUCAAGUUGCAGCUGCUGGAGUAUCUAGUAAUCCUUUUAUGACUGGUGCACCGACAGGACAAUUUCCAACAGGAAGCUCAUCAACCAAUCCUUUCUUAUAGCCUUAUAUAGACAUUUACUGGAAAGAACUUUUACAUGGUCACAUUACAUCUCUCCGCCUCUUGCACUGUUGUCUUGUUUCACUGAUCUUAGCUUUAAACACAAGAGAAGUCUUUAAAAAGCCUGCAUUGUGUAUUAAACACCAGGUAAUAUGUGCAAAACAGAGGGCUCCAGUAACAACUUUUAACCUGUGAAUUGGCAGAAAAAGGUAGCGGUAUCAUGUAUAUUAAAAAUUGGCUAAUAUUAAGUUAUUGCAGAUACCACAUUCAUUAUGCUGCAGUACUGUACAUAUUUUUCUUAGAAAUUAGCUAUUUGUGCAUAUCAGUAUUUGUAACUUUUAACACAUUGUUAUGUGGAAAAUGUUACUGGGAAAAUAGAUCAGCCACUUUCAAGGUGCUGUCAUGUAUCUCGGAAUGAAUGACCUGAAAUCAUUUUAACCAUUGCUACUGGAAAGUUACAAAGUCGGAAGUGGAAGGUUUUAUUCAGUCUUGGAUUUUUCCCUCCUAAAGAGCUCUUCUAUUUAUACAUGCCUAAAUUCUUUAAAAAUGUAGAAGGAUACCUGUCUGCAUAAUAAAGCUGAUCAUGUUUUGCUACAGUUUGCAGGUGAAAAAAAUAAAUAUUAGAAAAUAUGCUAUUGUUUUUGUGUUCUUGCUGCAAUGCCUUUACCAAAGUGGCCUUAAAUGUGAGUAGUGAAUUGAGAACAUCUUGAAUUCUUAAAUUAGGAUUUCAGAAGACUUCUAGUGACUAACUUUUAUGUCUAAAAGAGAAAAUUUUAUAUAAAGGCCAUGUAGAAAAUGUAUUAAAACUACUAUGACUGCUAUAUUCAUGAAUAUGUCAGUGGUAAAGCAUUUACAUGUAGCUUGUCAGAUUCAUCAUAAUCCUUCUAAUUUCUUUGCAACUUCUUAAUUUUGUGAAAUUUGUAAAUAUGAAGAAUUUGCAUGUAUGUGUAUUUACAAAUUUUUUCAAGUAUCUUGAAUUCUCAGACUUCAAAAGGCCUAUUUUAAAUAUUGAUUUUAAAAAUACUGUAUUUGAAUGUAUUGGAAGCAGACAUGCAUUAACUGUGACAUGAUUGCACCUCAGAUUUGUUUUCUGUUUAGACAAACUGAUAUUAUUAAUAGGACAUUUGUUUAUGUUCAUCUCUGGCGGGGUAAAGAAACUGGAACCCAGUGUUACCUUGAAGUUAUAGAAUACUUUGUUUAAAAGGACAAUGAUACUAAUAUUUAGUUUUAUCUUUUUGUUAAUAUUCAAAUGAACUUGUUUAAAUAUUUAUGUGCAGCAAUGCCUCAUUCAUCCAGAGAUAAUCUGGCAGUCUCAUCAAAACAACACAACUGGGAAACUUGGAAUCAUCUUUUUUUUUCUUUUUUUAAAUGCCUUUGAGCAACCUACUUAAGUCAUGAAGUCUUUACUGAUUAUUUGGUUUCCCAGCCCAUAGCAAAUUAACAGUUCAGAGGUUGUGGCUCGAAAGGAAGGAGAUAGAAAAAACUAUGAAGAGUAUACUCUUGAAGACUAUUUAGUGUAGGGGCAGCCAGCCCAGCCUAGGUCACUAAAUCACAUCAUCUUCUAAUAAUUGUCUAUUUUGCUGACUCAGUGUCAUCAAGAUAAGCUGAAAUUACAUAUACAAAUGGGUAGCAUGUGUUUAUAAUGUUUUAUCUUAUAAUGAUUAGACAUUUUUUAAAAAGCUUUGGUAUUAAAAGAGGUGAACGUCUGUUUCCUCAAACAUUUUAUUCAUGUUGAAUACCUUUUUCAGUGGUGGCUACAUGAGUUAUCCUACUAUCCUCAAGCUGUGUAGUGUUUUAGACUUGUUCAAACAUUGCUGUUUGUUGAAUAUCUAGCUGAAUGUGUGGUUUUCCUGACCCAUUUGAUAAGAAGACUGGGAGAUCUCUGCCCCUUUUCUGAGCAGUAUGCCUCUUCUUUUAGAAUUAAAUGAAUGCUGCAACAGUUGUGGUGUGUGUUGGUGUAUACUUGAAAUGUCUCUACAUUUGUGGGGUCUCCACCCUAUUUUUCUUGGAGGGAACACUAAAGAAAUGUCUUUGAAUGCCUGUAUUUUAGAUUGUAUUGGGUCCUAAUCAAUCCACAUGUAUAAAGUUAUAAUAUAUAAUUGUAGGCAUUACCCAAAUAACCUUCCAGCUUUCCAUCUAAGAAAUAAGUAAAUUAAACAGUUAUUAUGAAAA